AUGACCCGCGCUGGGCGUGAGAAGAACAGAGUGCCUGAUCCUUGGAAGCUAGGUACUAUUCAAACCAGAGGUACAAAUUCUUCUGAGCCACUGUUGAACGAUCCUGAGAUUGAACGCACGGCAAUGAGGAAUAAUAGCAACAGGAGAAGAAGGAGGGCUAGAGCAAAUCCAGUUGGCCAACCAACCACUUGGAUUCCUGAAGUUAUUGUCUCUAACAUUCCUGAGUUCACUAUGGAAGGUGAAGGUGGUGCUCACAAUGACAAUCAAAACCGGAGGCGCACUAUAGGUGAUGCUUUAACCUACACUAGCUCGAGGGAGUUCUCUAGCAUUGUGAGGCCUACCAUGAAUGACAGACUAGCAGAAAUGAAGCCUGCACUUCUACAGCUUAUCAGCUCUCAUCAAUUUUCUGGCCUGGAUCAUGAAGACCCACAUACUCAUUUCUACACUUUCUAUGAGUUGUGUGGUUCACCAAACCAAAGCCUGAUCACUUGGAGGGAUGUGGAGACUAAAUUCUUAGCCAGGUUCUUUCCCCCGUCCAAGAACACUGAAGCUAGAACUGCUAUUGCUACUUUUGCUCAAGGUGCGGAUGAGCCAUUAUGUGAAGCGUGGGAAAGGUACAAAUCACUGUUGAGGAGGUGCCCCAAUCAUGGUUUUGAGUUGGAGCAUCAAGUUCAAACUUUCUGUAAUGGGUUACAACCUCAAACCAAGAUGAUAUUGGACGCUUCUUUUGGAGGGUCAGUCAUGUUUAGAACUGCUGAAGAGGCUAUCACAAUCAUUGAGUCCAUGGCUUCCACUGAUUUUAGGAGCCAGCAUGCUAGAAGCUCUUCACCCAAGAGAGGAGUUUUGGAGCUGAGCACUCAAGAUGCAGUGUUAGCUCAAAAUAAGAUACUUUCCCAACAGAUUGAAGCCUUGAAUCAACAGAUGGCCAAGCUUCCUCAACAACUUCAAGCUAUGCACUCUAAUGCUCCUCCUAUGCAACAAGUUAUGGCAUGUGAUUUUUGUGGAGGUGACCACCCUAAUGGUUAUUGUGCCGGAUCAUCUAAUUCCCAAGGUGAAGAAGUGAAUUAUAUGGGGAAUCAAGGGCGGCAAAAUUUCUCUCAACACCCCUAUCCGCAAAAUUCAAAUCAGGGGUGGAGAAAUAACUAUGGUGGAAACAAGCCAGAUAUGAAUGCUUCAUCAAGUAGUAGGCCUCAACAUCAACACCAACAUCCACCUUUGUAUGAGAGAACCACCAAGUUGGAAGAAACAUUGCAACAAUUCAUGCAAUUGUCUAUGUCCAACCAAAAGAACACUGAUGCUUCAAUUAAAAAUCUGGAGAUACAGGUGGGGCAAAUAGCAAAGCAGCUAGCAGAGUAG